AGGACCCUGGUGGGGUCUGAGGGUGGCCACCACGCCCCAUGGCCAAGCGGGUCCUGGUGGCCCUGGCCCUGUGGGCGCUGGGAGGCCCAGUGGGGCUGCACCACCUCUACCUAGGCCGGGACAACCAUGCGCUGUUGUGGCUGCUCACGCUGGGUGGCUUCGGUGUGGGCUGGCUGGCCGAGCCCUGGUGCCUGCCCGGCUGGGUGGCACAGGCCAAUGGGGCCCCGGAGCCGCAGCCUGGCCGCCCGCCCACCCUGAGCCCCGUACGCUUCCUGGGCCAGGUGGCCGUGGGCGCCUACUUCGGGCUGGUGGCGCAGCUGGGCCUGGGCUCCCUGCCCGGCUUUGAGCUUGUGGUCCUGCCGCUGGCCGUGGCACUGGGCGUGCACCUGGUGUCCAGUGUGGGCCCGCAGACAGCUGACCUCGGCCACACACUGACAGCCGCCUUCCUGACUGCCCCCAUCUUCNCCCGCCGCUCCGUGGCUGCGCUGCCCGUCAGCCUGGUGGCCAGCGUGGCGGCCCAGCACCACCGGCGCCGCCGGCCUACCCCGCAGCCCCGCCAGCCCCUGGGCGCCCGGCUGUACCGCCUGGGCCUGGCCAGCUUGGCCUUCACUGCUCCUCUGGUCUAUGGGACCCUGAGCCACACAGCCGCUACCGCUGGGCGCAUGGCCGAGGCCGUGGGAACUGCACUGGGCUGGCUCGAGGUCAUUCCAGCUGCCAGCCGGCUGCUGGGGCGGGCACUGCUGAUGCCCCUUCGGCUGCUGAUGGGCACCGAGUGGGGGAAAAGCCACGAGUUCGUGCAAAGCUUUCACUACCUGCAGCAGCAGCAGGCGUACGAGGUGCUGGGGCUGCCGGACGGGGCGCCCGCUGAGGACGUGCACCGGAGCUACCGGGCACUGGUGAAGCUGUGGCACCCCGACCACAACCGGCACCGCGUGCAGGAGGCCGAGCAGCGCUUCAUCGAGGUGCAAGAAGCCUACGAGGUCCUCACACGGGCCCGGAGGACCCGGCCAGGGUGAUGGGCUGCCGCCUCCCCGCGCCCCUUUGGGGAGCAGCGGGCAGCCCCCAGGACACCUGGGUUCUAUGGAUCCAGUCACUUCCUCUCUCUGAGACCGGGAGACUCGGGGUCCGGCUGGCGCGUGUUCCGGUGGGAGCCUUGUCCGGGUCCACGUCCUCCUCAAGUGGCCGGUUGCAGCAGCCUGGAGGUGGGGGCAGAAGCAAGGCAGUGUGGGAUGCCUGGAGGACCAGGAAACAUCCACUUCCGUGCAAGGAUGCUACUUGCUUCUCUGGUGUGAUUUAAAGCAGGUUAACGGGCACCCAUGGGUUCACUCCGGGUUCAAAUGGCAUGUACGUGCCCCGGGCGUCCCUGCCUGCAGCGCUCUGCACAUGUGUAUGCACAGGUGUGCAAAUACACUGUCACCCACGUGCGCGCGUGCACACACGUGCACACACACGCGUGCCCAUAUACAUGCAUUCUCACGAAUAUACACACGUGUGUGCACGCAUGAAAAUGCAUGCAUACAUGUGCACACACGUGUGUGUGUACUCACAGGCGUGAGUGCAUGUGCACUCUGUCUUCCUGCCCUCCCUGCUUGUUUGGCAUCACUUCGGCGGGCCGGGAACAGGCUCCAGCCCCAGCUGCAAUGUGGGGCCUGGGGGCGCAGGGCCUGGGGACUCGGCUGUCACGCAGAUCUGGAGCAAUAAACCCCUUUGGGCCAUGAGA